AACAAUGCAAUCUGGUCUCGAGAACGCUGACAUGUCAAGUUCGUAAGACUGGGAUUGGCCACGAAUUCUUCUCGUCUUUUUUUCUUCCAGUCCUCUGUGCCAUAGUCUGUUCUCGGUCUCCUCUUUCUAAAUUUCAUUUCUCUGCCGCAUGAUCAAGCGAAUGGCUGAUAAGAUUGGGCACUUCAGCCAGCCUCAGAAGCAGUCUAGCCUCACAGGACUUGCGAGCUUGCCUUACACUCCAAUGUCUCAUUCAAUAUCAGUUGCUGCAGACUACCAUCGCGGCUCGAUAUCGACACAGCGAACGUCGUCCAGCGAAUGGACCCAGCAAGAGAACAAUCUCGAAGCCGAGACGCUUACACUCUCAUUCCCGCGUGUGCCUUCGAGGCCAAAAGCAUCCUACCGGCUCUCCGACUUCAUAAUACAACGAACCCUUGGGACAGGUUCCUUUGGCAGAGUACAUUUAGUCAGGAGCAAGCACAAUCUCCGCUUCUACGCCAUCAAAGUCUUGAACAAAGAAAAGAUUGUUCGGACGAAACAGGUCGAACAUACCAACAACGAGAAGAUGAUGCUUGAAGCCGUUCAACACCCCUUCAUCAUUAAUCUUUGGGGUGCGUUUCAGGACGCUUCCAACUUAUUCAUGGUCAUGGACUUCGUACCUGGUGGUGAACUUUUCACCCUGCUACGACGCUCGAAUCGCUUCCCGGAUCCCGUGGCCAAGUUUUACGCCGCAGAGGUCGCCCUUGCUUUAAACCACCUACAUUCCUCCGAAAUUAUAUAUCGUGACCUUAAACCAGAGAAUAUCCUUCUCAACCAUGAUGGCCACAUCAAAAUAGCAGACUUUGGAUUCUCAAAGCACUGCUCAUCAGUGACGUGGACAUUAUGCGGCACGCCUGAUUAUCUUGCACCUGAAAUCAUAGGGCAGCAACGGUACAAUAAAAGUGUUGACUGGUACGCCCUAGGCGUACUAAUCUUUGAAAUGCUUUCUGGACUUCCCCCUUAUCACCAACCCGACCAUAACCCUGUUUUACUUUACGAAAAGAUCACUCGUGGUCCAGCCUUCAUUCGCUGGCCACCAUUUCACGACAAUGCUAGAGACAUUAUUCAAAAACUGAUGGAGGGCGAGCCCUCCAAACGAUACGGAAACUUGCGGCAUGGCGCAGGUGAUGUCUUCGCACAUCCAUGGUUCAGCGAGGUCGACUGGGACAAAUUGCGGAACAGAGAGAUCACCGCUCCUUACCUUCCUAAAAUUUCAGGAGACGGCGAUGCGAGCGCCUUUGAACAAUACCCGGAGGAUAACGUUGCCUCACUGUACGGACUUCCAGCCCAAGACACAUGGGGACAGGAUUUCCCCAAUUUCGAGUAUACCAGCCAUUGAAUGGGACUUUGUUUUUUCAGUUAUCGCUACAUUAUUCUUUUUGGAACGAUGACACCAUCCAUCACCUGCAUUUGUUGUUGUAAUACCCUUACAUGCCGACACCCCCUGCGCACUGUACAUUGUAUACCAGUCAUGGCGGUUGUUCUCAGUAGUAACCCUCUUGCUCGUUCCUCCAUUCAAUCCGAGUAUUGACAACCAUCA